GUGACAUCGUCAUUCCUCAAGCCUCAUGGCGGCAGAGACUAGGGACUGCAAUCGCCAGGUGCGUGGUCAUUGCACUCAUCACCGUCGUCGUCACGGCGUGUCUGCUUGCGUCCCCUGGAAUGCUCAAGAAGCCGGCGGAUUUCUUGAAGCUUCUCAAUCCAGAAGGACUUUUAGAGACUGGGCUGAAGCCGAACGGAAGAAGUCUCAGCGAUCUGACCUAUGGAGUUCCCUUCUUCUGGGUUUCCAUGAAAGAGUCGGCACCACGGCAAGCCUUCAUGAAGAAGUCUCUCCGUGGCGUGGUGAGCAACUACAUGGUGGAAGCUGUGACCGACUUGUCUCGCGUGUCUGUGGUCACCGUCUUGAAUGAAACUGGACAUCGAGUUGAGUACACCGAGCGCAAGGACAAGGUGAUUCUUGCAUGCACGCUCUCCCAUCUGAAGGCAAUGUUGACUGCUCGGAAGAUGGGCUUCGAUCUUGCAGCAUUCUUGGAAGAUGAUGUCAAUUUCGACACUCAUCCUCUAUGGAAGCUCUCCCUGCGAGAGUUGGCAGAAGCAGCUCCGCGUGGUUGGAAGGGCAUCCAACUCGGAUUCGGAGCCAAGCGCGCGGAUGUCCGCAACAAGAUCUGGCGGCAACCCGAGCCGUUUAUUCGCUUCAAUCAGUUCGGGUAUACGGCGGGAGCUUAUGGCUACAUGCUCAGUAGGGCGGGUAUGGAUGCGCUAGUGGAGAGGCUGAAGAUUGAAGUGUCCCCUGACGAUCCGACGGAGAUUAUAAGCAUGACCCUCCCGGAACAGCUCAGGGCGGCAGAUCAUGCGCUCUACUUUUCCCUCUUGCCUGACAUGUAUACCUCGACUAUGAUGUAUGUGCUGCAUCAGUGCCGUCAGUUCCAGUCCACGCUUCAUCGCGAGCACGAAGCACGGCACAAGAGGGAUUCGGUAGCAGCGCGAGAGCACUAUGGCUUGGACACCGGUGCCUGUGGGUGA